AUGGCAUUCGCUCACAUAUGGUUCGUCAUAAGUGAUAUCGAUAAACCCUUCACGGUACCCGAAAUCAUGGAUAACAUACAUACCAACAUCGAAUUCUUAUCGGCGUGUCAUACCGGGGCCGCCGGCUAUGAAGAAAUGCCCGACGAAGCCAUCCACCUUGAAGCUGGACUGGAAUUUUUGGAGUUCAAGAGCGUGAUUGGCACUCCGUAGGUGGCCAUUGAAUGACGCUGUCGUUAGCAAAACCGUCGUUGUGAAAGCUUUCUACUAUGAGAAAACGAUCCAGGACUUGAAGCUUGAAGGAGGGUGACAUGGACCUCCGUGAAGAAAGUUCCGAUAGAGCAGAGAAUUAUUUUCAUUGGCGUGGAGUUUGCUGUGUCCCUUGGCAGCUAGUACUAUGUGUAUCAGUUCUACUAGUGGCAAAUGUCUCAGAUGCCAU